GAUACUGCCGAGAAAGGCACAUAUAAUAACGGGGAGUAUUCUUGCUGCAGCCUUAAUGGAGGCAAAUCUUGGCAUGCCCUGGGCGUCUAUGGAAACACAAGGCAGGUGAAGCAGCACCAAACGCACGCAAGUCCACCUCGACCGCGUUCGACACCAUCGACUUCUAGUACAUUAAUGUCUCAGCUCAUUCCAAACACCACACCCCUUCGACGUUUUAAAGAUCAUACAUCCACCAUAUGGGCUGUAGCAGUUUCCCCUGAUAGACGACGAAUGAUCACGAGCUCAUGGGACAAGACGCUUCAUCUGUGGGACUUGAAUACAGGUGCAGUAUUGAAGAAGAUGGAGCAUCGCAAUCAGGUGCGGGGAUUGGCGGUAUCGCGAGAUGGGCAAAUGAUAGCAAGCGGUGAUUUGAGCGGAGAGGUCAUCGUCUGGCACGGAGAAACUGGGGAACCUCUCACCCAACCUAUCAAGGCCCACUCCGCGCGCGUCUUCGGGUUGGACUUUUCACCCGAUGGUGCAGUGCUAGCUACUGGUUCGCCAGACAAAACGAUGCAGCUGUGGAGCACGAAAUCAUGGCAGACACAAGGAAAUCCAAUCAAGUGUAGUGAUCAGGUCAAGUGCAUUCGGUAUUCACCGUCUGGCAAACAUCUUGCUGUCGCAACAGACAGUAAUAUCGAAAUUUAUAAUUCGGCCAGGAGGGAACGCGUCGCAAGCUGCGAAGGUCAUACAAAAUGGAACUGGUCGCUCGCGUGGACGCUCGAUGGUACCCGCCUUCUCUCAGGGGGCAAUGACAAGGAUCCCACCAUACGGGAGUGGGACACAUCCACUUGGAAGCAGGUCGGCGAUCCUUGGACAGGUCACACUCAAACUAUCCUCACCAUUGCCAUCCAUCCUGCGGGCACCCACAUCGCUUCCGCAUCUGAUGAUACUCAUGUCCGUCUCUGGCGUCUCUCAGAUCGACAAACCAUCGCCAUCUUCCAGCACUCAUCCUUCACGAAAUGUGUCACUUUCUCCAUGGACGGCAAGCACAUCCUCAGCGGAGGUGGUGAUAAUAUGAUCUCAGAGUGGGAAACACCCAAGGGUAUCCUCUCCGUCAAUUCUACUACCCGCGAUGCAUGCAUCGCGGGGGACUUGUCUACUGCUGAGGAGUUACUCACGGAAGAAAUCGACACCAAUGCAAACAACUACACCGCGUAUGCCAAUCGUUCAUUCAUCAUGGCGCGAAAAAAUGACUGGGGUCAUGCGCUUGAUGAUGCCAACAAGUCCAUUAUCAUUCAGCCUUCCUUGACAGGUUACAUCUCCAAGGGCAUCGCCUUAUGCGGAAAAGGUCAGGUCCGGGACGCGAAGGUAGCAUUCGACGUCGCAUUCAUGUUCACGAACGAAAAUUCAAACACCGUUCAUUUCCUUCUUCUGGCUAUCGCGCUGUUUGCUGCAGAUGAACAUGAAGAGGCAAUGUUGCUCCUCAAAGAGCUAGCUGCAGCUUGUCCAAACAACAAUGCUCUUGGGCGUCAUGUCGUAGAAGCAUAUCUAUGUGUUCAGCUCGGAGUCAAUGCCUUGAAUGGCGCGCGGUACGACGAAGCUGCUGAACACUUCACUGCUGCUGUCAACUGCACGACCUUCCCAUCUACAACCGCUAUUGAUUCCAUAUAUAAAGACUUGGUAAUGCUCUUCGGAUGGGAUCUGAAGUCCUUGUGGCAAGAUGUACACCAGAAACGGUGCGAUGCACUCCGUCAGGCAGGUAGACAUGAAGAAGCUGUAGAAUCGUAUCAACACAUGAUGGAUACGAGCGACGAAAAUACAAAGGCUAACUGCCUUGACUGGUCCAAUGCUUUCUCGCAAGAAUACAGCGCGCCCCAUAUUGUCAACGGAGAUGCUGCCUUCGCUGCAAGCGAUUACGACAAGGCUAUCAAAUCAUACUCCGUGGCAAUCAACCUCAAUUCUGCAAGUGACAUCAUCUUUGCAAAUCGCAGUAAAUCUAGGUCAGAAAAAAUGCUAUGGGAGGAUGCGCUUCUAGAUGCGCAAAAGGUCAUCGAACUCAACCCUUCAUCUCAUGUUGGGUACCAGGUGAAGCAUGCAGCACUUUAUGGUGCACGGCGCUACGAUGAAGCUAUCAUCGCCUUCCAAAUGAUGCUCGCCAAAUUGGAUAGUGCUCAUGACGUGAAAAUACGAACUCUGCGCGAGCAAUAUCUCAGUCCCUCCGAAGGAGAAGGUGUCAUUCGAAAAGUCAUUGACGUUCAACUCAAUACCGCUCCGCUUCGUCUACUCAACACCGCCACCGGACUGUUAUGUGACCGAGAAGCACAGAUAAGCGCCUUCAAAACAAGCGCAGAAUACAACGAGCUUCUGUUGUCAUUAACUAUGAAGCAUCCAGACAUCCGAAUGGAGCGCAUCACAGAAGUGGUGGCGACAUACUUCCGUUGUGUCAUGCUGUCACAUAGGUGGGAAGGGACGGAGCCUUUGCUGCACGACAUCAAGGACAAGGUCGUGUACGAGAUGACGGGAGCUGGCAGUCUCGUGAAGUUGCAGUCAUUCUGCAAAAUUGCUCGCAAGGCGGAGUAUCACUGGGCAUGGGUUGAUUCGUGUUGCAUCGACCAGCAUAACAACGUCGAGGUUCAAAAAUCACUGAACUCAAUGUUUGGCUGGUAUCACGACUCAGCGCUCACGGCCGUUUACCUGUCAGAUGUUUCGCCUUCAUCUUCGUCCGGCGCGCUGGCGAAGAGUGCAUGGAAUACCCGGGGAUGGACCGUCCCCGAAUUCCUCGCUCCUAAAGUCAUUCGCUUCUACCAACAGGAUUGGACUCCAUAUCUCGACGACUCCUCCCACAACCACAAGGAGUCUAUCAAGAUCAUGCAUGAGUUGCAGGAUGCGACGGGUAUAGAUGCACGCACCCUCGUCGCCUUCCAACCGGGGAUGAGAGACGCCCGCGAGAAACUUCAAUGGGUUUCUAUGCGUAUCACCACUGUGCCCGAAGACAUCGCAUACUCAUUGUUUGGCAUCUUCGGCGUCCAACUUCCUAUCCUUUAUGGUGAGAAUAAGCAAAAUGCGCUCGGGCGGCUCCUGCAGGAGAUCGUGGCUCGGUCGGGCGACAUUACUGCCCUCAACUGGGUCGGACAGCCAUCCCAGUUCAAUAGUUGUCUUCCAGCCAGCAUUUCCUCAUACGCAGCUCCGCCACGCACCCUACCAUCUUUGUCUGAAGACGAGAUCCAGACAUUGGUUUCUUCGCUGCGAAAUACCGUAGCUGUGGAGUUCACUUCGAAAUUGUAUGACCAACUUGACAACAUGAACGCUCCUCGCUUCGCGGCCUGCAGACUGCAUCUGCCUUGCAUUGCAUUCCGUGUCACGGAAGUCAUACGGAAUAUUGGCCGAGCCCAAGAGACUCAUUUCACGUAUGGAGUCAAGGCAGACGGACUUCACGACCUUCUACUCACCACGAAAGAGACGCUGAAUCAGUUCACGCCUGCAAGGCCCCCUCUGCAGACAUUCUUACUUGUCUAUCCAUGGGACCGUCACCUCCUCGAGCUACCUGACUUUGCGGAACUGCCCGACUCUGGAGACGAUACGCAGAGCGAGGAUUCUAAUUAUUUGUCCCCGCCUGAGUCUCCGUUAGACGAGUCGCCUGGUGGUUCUCCUGUAGAACAGGAGAUGGGUGUCUCAGACUCUCACUCACGAGCGUUGAGAUUGAUCGUUCGCCUUGGGCAGCCGUUCAGUGCGUUAAUGCUAGCGCGGCAGCGCGGCGGAGAAUACAAGAGGAUCGUGUCGGAUCAUGAUAUCGUUGCUCAAGUCAAAGACGUGGCUUCUACUAUUCACGACAUGAUGGACGUCAGGAUUGUAGAGAUAUUGUAGCUGUGUGUUUUUUCAACGCAGUUUGCGUUUGUUCCUUGGCGAUAUACAUGCAUCCGUAGAUACUCCAUGAUUCCUUCAAAGCAGACGCACGUUGGGGACCUACUAUUCAUUUCAUCCAGCACUAGUGCUUCUGUCCUACAUCAUUGAUCAAUGUCAUUUCGUCUUCCCCAAUAAUCCCGCAUUUGCUUGACACCUCGUCUUCACCGAUCUACAC